UUUGGCAGGUUACUCGAAAGCCGUAGGUGAGGGUCCCCUUUCCUGGCGAGGGACCGUGUGUGCCCGGAAUGUUGGCGAGCUGACAGGUCACUCGUGUGGCUGGACCUUUAUCAGGCCACCAGCAGGCUGUGUUGUGAUGUCACCCCCAAGUCACCGAGCCCCUUUGUGAUGUCCCACACUGCAAUGUUAUGCAGGGGCGCUGCCAGCUGCGCGGAACUCUCGGGUCUGCAGAAGGCAGGAUGGCUAGCAAGGAGGAGAGCGGGCCGCCGCCCUUCCCUCCAGAAGCCCUGGCUCCGGCCUCCGCCACCGCUGGCUCCCAGCGCAGCGCUCCUCCGGCAGACCCUCCCCUCAGCCUGGCCCAGCCCGGGUCGGCCGGGGACCCCGGCUGCAGGCUGCUGCUGGAGGAGAACGGUUUCCAGGCCCUGACCCAAGAGCCUUUGUUCGAAAGGCCCCGCACCACCCCGGACGCCCUGUCCCCGGGAGAAGGCGAUCUGCUCUGCCUGCCCUUUCCCAAGAAGCUGUGGAAACUCGUCAACAGCAGCCAGUUUGCAUCCACUUGGUGGGAAAACGAUGGCACGUGUAUAGGCAUCAAGGAGAAGCUGUUUCAGGAGGAGGUUUUGGAGAUGGAGGGCCCAACAAAGUGUUUGAGACGGGCUAGCGUGGAGGGGCCCCGACUGUUGUUGGCCUGGGCGAUCAGCUCUGUCGUGACUUGGACGCUCUUCUCCCCUUUAUGCUUUGCACCGCAGUUACAGUCCUACAGGAGCCCCUUCUUUAAGAGAGACUGCCCUCACCUGCUCCUGAGCAUGAGGAGGAGAGUGGGAGUUGAAUCCGCAUUGAGGCAGAUGGAGAGCAAGCGCGAAGCCCCGGGCGUUGUCCCGGCGGCAGCUACAGCCAGCCCGCGACCAGAGGGAGUCCUGUCCUCUGCUGGGGACCAGCUGGAGCCGGUGAGCGGCCCGCAGCCGGACGUCCCCGCCGCCCGGGUCAGGAGCCAGUCAGCCCCUCCGGUCAUUCUCGGGGCGGCGGCCAGGCCCACCAUAACAGAUGCCUAUGCUGCAGUAGGCCGGCCGGCGGACGGCCAGCCCCAGGGUGCCUGGGCACCCGUCCCCCUCGCGGCGGACGUGGCCGGGCCUGCGGCCUUCCCCUGGGUCUGUCUCACCUUGCCCUCCGUGCACGUGCAUCCUUACGGGCCGGUGCUGGGCCUUGCCGCCGGGCCCCCCGUGCUCCUCCCCGUGGCCGGGCUGCUGCCUCUGUGCCACCCCUGGGUGCCUGGCGUGCCUCCUGGACCUGCCACCUCCCUGACUGUGAUUCCCCAUCCCCCAAACCCCUUCCACUGCUGUCUGGGCUGCCGCUGUUUCCCCGCGUACCUGCCACCUCCCCAUGGGCCCCCAGAAUAG